AUGAAAAAUUUGAGAUUGAUUCUUCUUCUGGCUUUCAUUAAAGUUUCUAUAUCUAUUAUUAUAUCUACUUCAUAUGGAAAAUUAAAUGGAAAACACGUGGGAGAAUAUCAUUCAUUCAAGCAUGUCCCAUUUGCGAAACCUCCAAUCGGAGACUUGAGAUUCCAGAAACCAGAGACAGUUGAGCCAUGGAAAGAUGUGAGAGAAGCAGUAGAUUAUGGCCCAGCUUGUAUGUCGAACUCAACUUGGACGAAAAGUCCUCAAAAAUGGGUGGAUGAAGACUGUCUUCAUAUAAAUAUUUUCACAUCGAACAAGUGUUUAAAAUCUAAAAAUUGCCCAGUUGCUGUUUAUAUUCAUGGUGGAGAACUUUCUUUCGAUUCGGCAGUUAUGUUCAAUGACACUUUCAUGUUCGACACUUUUGUUAAAAGAGAUGUGGUCCUUCUGGUUCCUGCAUUCCGACUUGGAAUAUUUUCUCAUUUUGUUGUCGAGGAUCAGAGUAUUGCUCCCACUAAUUUGGCACUUUAUGAUAUACUCAAAUCCUUUGAGUUCGUAAAAUCCGAAGUUCAUAACUUUGGAGGGGAUAACAAGAAAAUUACUAUUUUCGGACAUUCGUAUGGUGGGACAAUAACUUCUAUGCUGACAUUCAGCACGGAAAUUAAUCAGGAUUUGAGUCUGUUCCAACAAAGCGUCAGUAUGUCGGGUCAUCAAUAUUUUGAAACUUUGGAACUGCACAUGGAGAGAGCACAACGAUUUGCAAAGCAUGCAAACUGUUUGGUUGAUCCAAAACAAGCAGAAACUAUGACAAGAAGUGAGCAGGAUAGACAUACAAUGAAGUGUUUACAGGAGAAAAGUGGAAUGGAAUUGUUGAGAGUGCAAAGAUCUCUGGAAGAAGCUGGUUACUCAGAUCUGAAAGGAGUUGUGCUUCGAGAGCCAUUAUUUCCCAAAGUGAAGCCAAUGGAACUCUGGAACUCUCCGAAUAAGAUCCCAAUGUUAACUGGAUGCACGAAGAUUGAAUUUGACCAUGAAGACGAAGUCAUUCCCCUUGCCACGGUAUUUGGUUUCGAUAAUCCAAAAGAAUGUGAAGAGAAAUAUAGAAAGGACUUGAAAGAUGCAACUGUUGAUCUCGAAAACCACACAGACAAAACUAUGGCAAUCACUGUUCCAACAAAAAUAAGAGUGAAUAAACUUCUGGAAAAUGGAAUCCCGGUGUACCUAUACGAAUUCACCUAUCCGAAACAUGCCAAACACGCUGAUGAUCUGUACUAUAUAAUGGGUGUCCAUCCAUUUCAAGAAGACGAAAACGAGAUUCAUUUGAAGAAAGUAUAUCAGAAUAUGUUUAUUAAUUUUAUUAAAUACGGACAUCCUGGAGAUGGAUUUGAGAUGUCGAAUGCAGAAAAAUCGAGUUACUUUGAUGUUUAUUGGAAUGAAACAACUGGGGAAAGGCCACAAAUGAGGAAUAAUUUCGAGAAAAAGGUUAUGGAUUAUUGGCUGAAAGACAUGAUGGAAUACGAUAGAAAAAUCACAGAAAAGAAGAGGGGCAGUCUCGAGAAACCGAGUCUGAGAUAUACGAAAUUGGAUUUAUCAGAAUACGGUCCAGCAUGUAUGUCCAAUUCAACAGAAACUAGUAGUCCUCAAGAAUGGAUUGAUGAAGAUUGUCUUCAUGUGAAUAUCUUCACUUCAGAUAAAUGUUUGAAGGAAUCAAAAGGAUGUGCAGUUGCUGUUUAUAUUCAUGGAGGAGAUAUACUCUAUGACUCUGCAGUUAUGUUCAAUGACACUUUUCUGAUGGAUUCUUUUGUGAAAAACGAUGUUAUUCUUGUUAUUCCUGGGUUUCGGCUUGGAAUAUUCUCUCAUUUUGCUGUAGAUGAUCAAAGUAUUGCACCGAACAAUGUGGCUAUUUAUGAUAUCCUGAAAUCUUUGGAUUACGUUCAAUCAGAGAUUCACAACUUCGGUGGAAACAAUAAAAAAGUAACCAUGUUCGGACAUUCGUACGGUGGAACAAUUGUUGCUUUGUUGACUUUCAGCACGGAAAUAAAUCAGGAUUUGAGUUUAUUCCAACGAGCUAUUCUCAUGUCAUCGCAUCAAUAUUAUGACCAGCUGGAGGAUCAUAUAGAGAGAACACAACUGUUUGCAAAGCAUGCAAACUGUUUCAUUGAUUCGAAAGUAAUCAAAAAGAUGACAAGAAGUGAGCAGGAUAAACAUACAAUGAGGUGCUUACAGGCGAAAAGUGGAAUGGAAUUGUUGAGAAUCCAAAGAUCGAUGGAAGAAUCAGGUUACCCAGAAUAUGGCGGUCUUAUCUAUCGGGGACCUUUAUUCCCCAAUGUGAAACAAUCAGAGUUCUUAAACUCUCCAAAAGAGAUUCCGAUAUUAACAGGAUGCAUAAAAACAGAAUUCGAUUUUGAUCCGGAGAAAAUUCCACUGGCAGAGUCACUUGAUUUCGAGAAUCCUGAUGAGUCUGAAACAAAAUACCGAAAUGAUUUGAAAGAAGGAAAGUUUGAUCGAGAUAAUCAUACGGAUAGAACUCAAUUAAUUAUGGUUCCAACAAAAAUUAGAGUGAAUAAACUUUUAGACAAGAACAUCCCUGCGUAUCUCUACGAAUUCACCUAUCCUAAACAUGCCAGACAUACAGAUGAUCUGUAUUAUAUAAUGGGUGUUCAUCCAUUUCAAGAAGACGAAAACGAGAUUCAUUUGAAGAAAGUAUAUCAGGAUAUGUUUAUUAAUUUUAUUAAAUACGGACAUCCUGGAGAUGGAUUUGAGAUUUCAAAUGCAGAAAAAUCGAGUUACUUUGAUGUUUAUUGGAAUGAAACAACUGGGGAAAGGCCACGAAUGAGGAAUAAUUUCGAGAAAAAGGUUAUGGAUUAUUGGCUGAAAGACAUGAUGGAAUACGAUAGAAAAAUCACAGAAGAGAAGAACAAGGGAAUGAAGAAACCUAACCUAAAAUUCAACAAACGCGACCUAGUCUCAUCUGAAACUUAUCAAGCAUCUAUUUCAUCACUCUUAUCUUUUAUAAUCAUCGUUAUAUUUCUUGCCGGAUACAUUGUCGGAAAGUGCUGUUCCUCGAGGAAAGAUUUGUAUAUAAGACUGGAUGGUAGCAACUUUGAAAAUGUCAAACAAUUGAAUGAUAAUAAAACUUCAUGA